AUGAGGGCCCUCGGUUUUCAGAGGCGACAGUUCUCUAGGACUGAGUGGAACUUCUUCAGCUGCAAGGCAAAGGUCGAGCCCAAAGUCGACCUGAUUACAACUGCUGGCAGGACAGGAGACCUGAUCCUUGUUGGUGAGGAGGGCGUCGAAGAGCCGGCUCACUCAGCUGUUCUCAUUGACAUUCCCUACUUCGAGGCAAAUUCGCGAGAUGAGUGGUCUGGAAAGGUGUGGAAUCUUCACAACAAGCUGCGGUUAGAACUCCCGUCUCCAGCCGGACGCGAAGCACUUGGGUACUUUUUGAAGUACGUGUACGGUGACAGGCGUUCUCUGUACAAGUUUGACCCCACAGGCGCACAGCUGCUCCAGGAGCUCCUUUCACUCGGGGACGCUUGCGGGGUGCCUGCCCUUUGUGCUGACGUCACCGGGCUUGUCAUCGUCACGGCUACAAACGUGGAUUCAUGGCUAGCGUGGCUCCUCAAGGAGCACGGCGUCGAUAUCGGACCAAUCCGCAAGCAAGUCGUACAGGUUAUGAAGGACAAGUUGCAGAGCGGGAUGUGCUGGGAAGACCUCACCGUGGAGCAACUAUCGACUCUGGCGGCUCUCCAGAAUUCCUUUUUGCGAUCAAGCUAG